CCAGCCGUCACCGGGACUGGGAGGCUUCUGGGAAAAGAUGGCAGCUUCCUUUUGUCGGUGGGGUUUUGCUGUUCUCAGAAACAGGAUUUAAAGCAGUCCUAAGUGGAAACCCUCGCCCCGGAGUCACCCACCACCCACACCUUUGAGAGGGAGAACAUGGAGAAGAGCGGCAGCGUCGACAGCCUGGGCUCCAAGCCCUCCUCCUCCCGACAGCCCAGUGUUGAUUCAUUGUCCAGCACCUGCACAUCCCGCUCUGACCGGUCAGCCCAGGCCAAACCACCAUCCGCUCUGUCCUCCGACUCCGUGUCGACCUCUGCAGACUUUUCUCCGGAGCCCAGGGUCAAGCCUGAAACCACCAGCAAGAAAGUGUUCAGAGAUUCAGACAAAGAAGAGCCACAGCUACUUCCAAAUGAAGCCGUGCAAGAUAUGGCACAAGAUGUCACCUACUUCUGCCCGUUCACUGGAGCUCUGAGGGGAACGGUGACGGUCACCAACUACAGGCUUUUCUUCAAAUCCAUGGACCGGGAGCCUGGGUUUGUGUUGGACCUGCCUCUCGGGGUGGUGAGUCGAGUGGAGAAAAUUGGAAAUGCUUCCCAACGCGGAGAUGUGUCCUACGGGAUAGUCUGCAAGGAUAUGCGUAACCUGCGAUUUGCACACAAACAGCCGGAGGACACGCUCAAGAAGUCAAUUUUUGAAGUGCUGAUUAAAUUUGCGUUUCCCGUUUCCAAUGGGCUGCAAAUAUUUGCCUUCGAAUAUGGUCAAGUCUUUCCUGAAAAUGGCUGGAAAGUGUAUGAUCCUGUCGCAGAGUACAAAAGACAGGGUAUACCCAAUGAAAGUUGGAGGCUAACGAAGGUGAAUGAUCACUACGAGCUGUGCGACACCUACCCGUCCACUCUGGCUGUACCCGUCAACAUCCCGGAUGAGGAGCUGAAGAAAGUGGCUGCUUUUCGUGCAAAGGGGAGAACGCCUGUUUUGUCCUGGAUCCACCCGGAGAGCCAGGCCACGGUGACGCGCUGCAGUCAGCCGAUGGCCGGGGUGAACGGCAAGCGCAGCAAGGAGGACGAGAAAUACCUCCAAGCCAUCAUGGACGCCAACGCUCAGUCCCACAAACUCUUCAUCUUUGAUGCCAGACCCAGCGUCAACGCUGCUGCCAACAAGAUGAAAGGAGGUGGAUUUGAAAGUGAAGAUGCGUAUCAGAACGCCGAGCUCGUGUUCUUGGACAUUCACAACAUCCACGUGAUGAGAGAGUCUCUCCGCAAGCUGAAGGACGUGGUGUACCCCAACAUCGAGGACUCCCGCUGGCUUUCCAACCUGGAGGCCACUCACUGGCUCGAGCACAUCAAGUUGAUCCUGGCCGGAGCACUCCGGAUCGCAGACAAGGUGGAGUCGGGGAAAACGUCGGUGGUGGUGCACUGCAGCGACGGCUGGGACCGCACGGCCCAGCUCACGUCCCUGUCCAUGCUCAUGCUGGACGGUUACUACCGCACCAUCCGCGGCUUCGAGGUGCUGCUGGAGAAGGAGUGGCUCAGUUUUGGUCACCGCUUCCAGCUGCGCAUCGGCCACGGUGAUAAAAACCACACGGAUGCAGACCGAUCGCCUGUCUUCAUUCAGUUCAUUGACUGCGUCUGGCAGUUGACCCGCCAGUUUCCUGCAGCUUUUGAGUUUAAUGAAUACUUCCUGGUAACCAUCCUGGAUCACCUGUACAGCUGCCUGUUUGGGACGUUCCUGUACAACAGCGAACAGCAGCGGAUGAAGGAGGAGAUUCCCAAGAGGACGGUCUCCCUGUGGUCGUAUAUCAACAGCCAGCUGGAGGAGUUUACCAAUCCUCUAUACGUGAACUACUCUAACCAAGUGCUGUUCCCAGUGGUCAGUUUGCGCCACCUGGAGCUUUGGGUCGGCUACUACAUCCGCUGGAACCCUCGCAUGAGACCUCAGGAACCGCUGCAUCAGCGCUACAAGGACCUGUUGGCAAAGCGCGCCGAGCUGCAGAAAAGGGUGGACGAGUUGCAGCGGGAGGUGACAAACCGCUCGGUGUCCUCGUCCUCUGAGCGGGCGGGCUCCCCGACGCGCUCCAUCACUCCGGUGCAGACCUUCGUCUGACGCGGUGGGACGCCUCUGACCGUCACAGGAGCAGAGGGGAGCUACAUGUGAGAGGCUGCCGAGCAACAGCAGCCACGAGGGCCACGGCAGAAGCCACGAGGGACCCGUUCACCAAACUGCUCCUUUAGGUGACUUUUGAUACACUACGAGCAAAAGUGUGAAACGACAGUGUUGUAUUUCCAACUCUCUGCCUGCAACACGGCGAGUGUUGUCUCUCUAACACAACACGGGACUACAGCCAUACGCUACUCUUCCUCCUUGGUGACACUCGAGAGGACAUAUAAUCAAAGUAAGAGAGCACUGUGUAGCCUUCCUGACCGCACUCACAACUAGUAUAACUAUAGUAACUAUUACUCGGGGUUGACUUUUAUGCCUUAUAAGUAUCAUAGGAAGACUAGUGCUUAAAAAAUCCAAACCAAGAUUGGAAAUUAACAAAAACAUUUGGUGGUUGUUAAUUAUUGAUUUGGACAGCGACGUUGGCUUCCUAUAAUAGUUAAAAUGAGACGUUUUAUGAGCCCAUAAAUAGUAACGUUUGACAUUCCUUUCACCAAAUGAUUCAAGCUUUGUAAGUUUAAUUUUUCUAAGUAGCGGAAAUUAUUUAUUAUCAUUUACAAGUGUAUUCAUAGCUCUUAAACAUUCUGUAUCUGAUGUUCUGAUCUCACGAUUAGAGCAUUACUCUGUGCAACACUAAUAAGCUGCAAAAAAUACACAAGAGUUUGUUUGCGCCAAUAAUUUGUAAUUACGGGGGGGGGGGGGGGGUUAGUUUUGCUUUUUGUUAACUUUUCUUAUUUUGUUUACAUUUCUUAAUGCUGCAUUUUACAACUAGUAUUAGUUUCGUAAGCAAUAGAACGGGUGCUAACACUAAUGAGUUAAUGGAUCUUAAUACGAGUGCCUGUUCUGAAUAACUGAUGACGAAAGGACGGCGCAUAUGGUUUGCGAUGUGAAUAAGUACACUGAUGGCCUCGGGCAUCAUCGCCGUACACGUGAAUACUUGCAUGAACCAUGCUCCUCAACCUCAAUGAUGCAAUACACUUGGAUAUAUUAGCGUGAGAACAGCACCCUCCUUGCAUUUAACUGUUAGUGUUUCAGAUGAUGGCUGGCACUGCCACCGUCUCCAGAUCUGCUUAUGAUCUUGCUGUUAAAUGCAAGAUAGAGAGUGCCUUUCAUGAUCAUUAAAGAGAGAAAAAGAGAUGAAUUAACUAUGUUUAUAAGGCAGGCGAAUACUGGACCACCAUGUCUCUGCAGAGAGUCUGUUUUAUCUAUCACUUUUUUUUUUUUCUUGGUACCAUAUAGCCGUUAUCACUCAUUAUUCCUAGUGCUUUUGUACUCAAUUCAUGUCUGCUCCUAUUUGUACUCGGACAUCUGUUUACCCUCACGCUGUAUUUUACACUAUUACAGUUAAACACUUCCUCUUAAAGUGAAACUACAUGUGCUUUCCAAAUUCAAUUCUUGAAUUUGGAAAGUGAUUUACUAAACACAAUAAUUGUACUUUCAAAUGUAAGACUGUAGUAACAUAUUUAAUAAAGAUUCUAAC